GUGUCUUGUCUUCUACGUGAAAUGCGAUUCCUUCGACGUUUUGUUCUUUUGCGGCAAUGCGUUUUCUUCCAUUCCACGCGUGAAGAAGAGAUCGAUUGAUGUGCUCGCAAUGGCCAGUAAAUCAGUAGCCUCGUGGUUUAGACAGGUUGAGCACGUUGUUUGCUUAUGAUGUUCUCCUGCGUUGCGUCCUUCUACUGCAUUAUUACAAAGGCAGAGACAUCGUCGGUACUCCACUGCAAUGCAAGUGCCAACAGCAGUAGCUAGCACAGUUCAUCGACCUCGAGCUCCGCAAGGCGGCAAGCAAUUAAUCACCCAAGCUAAAGCCAUGGCGCCUCGCAGCCGCCUCCUCGACCUGGAGAGGCACGACGUGCUCUCCUUCUACGGCGGUGGUGCCUACCACCAGAGCGCGAGCGCGUCAGCGUGGCCGCCUACGGCUACGGGAUCGUUUUCUGGCCCGAUCGACUUCCUCGUCGCCGCCCUGCUCCUCCACCUCGUCGUCCCGUUCCCGCACGCCGCCGCCGCCGUCUGCGGGGCGCUCUACGUCGCCUACUGCUUCCUCCUCGACCGCUCAGCGCAGGUGAGCUCGUGGCCUUCCGCUGCCGCUGCCAUGCCGUCGGCAGAACCCUCUCGCCCGACUACUCCGGGCAAGGUGGCAGCCAUGCAAGUAGCAGCUGGCUUGCGACUUCCCUGACGCACGAGCAAUGUCCAGAAAUGUACUCACUUGGAAAUAGGAUCACAUUUACAAAUCAGAUCAGUCUGGACAUAUGUAAUCUCGCACGCAACCCAGCAUAUGGAUUGAAUAGUAUUGAGUCAAUUUAAAUCUAUAGAAGUCAAAAA